AUGGCGAUCCCCAAAGCGCAGUACGUUAGUGAUGUGUGGAAAGACGGCUUGUUUGCGUCGAAAGUCGUCUUCUGCACCGGUGGCUCGGGAAGCAUUUGCAGCGCCCAAGUCCGAGCACUGGUGCAUCUGGGAGCCGAUGCAUGCAUCGUAGGACGCAACCCCAAGAAAGCGGAAGAAAAGGCCCAAAGCAUCGCGACGGCGCGACCUGGCGCCCGAGUGCUAGGGAUAGGCAACGUCGACGUCCGCCACGUCGACAGCCUCCACUCCGCCGUCGCCACCUGCGUGAAAGAGCUGAGGCGGAUUGACUUUGUCAUUGCUGGUGCCGCCGGGAACUUCCUCGCCCCCAUACGGUCGUUGUCGGCGAAUGCCUUCAAGGCUGUCAUCGACAUCGAUCUGCUCGGGUCGUACAACACGGUCAAGGCGACGCUGCCACACCUCAUCGCCUCGUCAAAAGAAGGCGCCGGCGGUGGAAGGUUCGUCUUCGUCAGCGCCAAUAUGUUUCAGACCGGCUUGGUGCUGCAGACUCAUGUCGGCGCCGCCAAGUCGGCUGUCAAUGCGCUGUCGAACAAUAUGGCUAUCGAGCUGGGUCCCCUGGGUAUCACUUCAAACGUGAUCGCGCCAGGCCCGAUUGGAGAUACUGAAGGGAUGGAUAGACUCACACCUGCGAGCGAUGCCAACACAGCUUCCGCUACCAAGAUUCCUCUGGGAAGAAUGGGCAGUGUGAGAGACAUUGCGGAUGCGACCGUCUACCUAUUUUCUGAUGCGGCCAACUACGUCAACGGAGACGUUCUUAUUGUUGAUGGGGGAGCCUGGCGCACCGGCGGAGGCGCUCCAGGCCAUACUGUGCCUUAUCCCGACUUUCUGCUCUCUAGCGAUGAAGUAAGCGCAGCGAAGGUGGAGGGACGGAAGGGUAAAUUGUGA